UGGAUGGCAAUAUUAACUAGCAAAGAAACUGAAAACAUGAGUACAGAAAAGAAAAAUUCUACAGAUUUUAAGAAUGUCCUUAUAUCUUUAAAUGAUGAUAGUAACGAUGAAGUAUCAGAGAAUGAAAAAAAUGAAAGCAGCUCUGGAUUAUCAAAAGAAGAUAAACAUGUUAAACAUCAAGCUAAACGAAUUAGAUAAUAAUCCAGAUCGUGAAUCACUUUCUCCAGGUCGACUACAAGUUGCUCCUGUAAGUACUCCUAUCGAUAGUUAUGAAGUUAAUGGCGGUCUCUAAAAACAAAGUGAUAGAGCGUUUCAAGAGGAAAAAAUGAU